AGACACUCUGUCUUUUCUAGUCACUUUCUAGUUAUUAACAAUACUACUGAUAACAUUAAUAAGUAUUUUUAGAUUUUUACUUAAUUUUAAAUAUUUAUUUUAAAAGUUGUUGAGUUUAGAUUCAAGUGAUGCUUUCGUACAGAUAGUGGAAAAACUUUAAAAAGUUGCAACAAUUACCGAAUCGUUCAGUGAAGUUUAAUAAACAACAUUUACUGGAUUUCAGUGUUUUUGAAGAAUCAAACUGUAUUCAGGUGGGUCGAGGAGAAUUAUGCGUGGGGCGUGCGCAUGCGCUGUGGUGUGCGCACUGGUCGCGCUGUGCGCCGCCGAGACGGGCUCACCGCGCGCCGCGCUGGACGACGCCACGCGCGCCGCCGCCGAGCGCCAGCUGCUGGCGCUGCUGGGGCUGCCGCGCAAGCCCACGCCGCCGGCGCCCGCGCCGCCCGUGCCCAAGGCGUUGCGCGUGCUCUACGACGAGCGCGGCGCGCUGCCCGCGACCGCUGCCAAUACCGCCCGCUCCUUCCAUCAUACGCCUACGCGGCUCGACGAGCGGUUCCCGCACGAGCAUCGCUUUCGCCUGUACUUCAACGUGACCGGUGUGCCCGCGGACGAAGUGGCGCGCGGUGCCGAUCUCACAUUUCAUCGCGCCGACGGUGCGAUUACCGCUCAACGCUUGCUACUCUACGACGUAGUCAAGCCCGGGCGUCGCGGCCGCACGGAACCCAUCUUGCGGCUUCUCGACUCUGUGCCGCUGCGGCCCGGCGCCGAAGUCGUACGGGCCGAUGCCGUCGGCGCUGCGCGCCGGUGGCUCACCGAACCGACAGAGAAUCAUGGACUGUUAGUGCGUGUAAUCGAGCAGAACGAGAAUGGCACGGAUGCGCGACAGCCGCACGUGCGAGUGCGGCGACGAGCCGAUGAAAGCAUCGAGCAGUGGCACGGGUUGCAGCCGCUGUUGCUAUUGUACACAGAAGAUGAGCGUGCCCGGGCGGCACGCGAGCGAGGGGAGACGAUACUCACGCGCAACAAGCGAGGCGCCGCGAGACGCGGCCACAGAGCGCAUCACCGCCGUAAAGAGGCGCGUGAAAUUUGCCAGCGAAGGCCGCUGUUCGUGGACUUCGCCGACGUCGGGUGGAGUAAUUGGAUCGUCGCGCCGCACGGCUACGACGCGUAUUAUUGCCAGGGCGACUGCCCGUUCCCGCUGGCGGACCACUUGAACGGCACGAACCACGCGAUCGUGCAGACUCUAGUGAACUCAGUGAAUCCGGCCGCCGUGCCGAAGGCGUGCUGUGUACCGACGCAGCUCUCGUCCAUCUCCAUGUUAUAUUUGGACGAACAGAACAAUGUGGUGCUCAAAAAUUAUCAGGACAUGAUGGUGAUGGGUUGCGGUUGCCGAUGACGAAGGCGCCGGCCCCGUGCGGACCUAGUGAUACUCGUGGACCCAGUGUACAUAUAGUAGUAGUGGCCUCGAUUUGUACAUAUCUAUCUGUGUAUAUAUACGUGUAAUUAUUAUUUUAUUGAAAUGAAGAUGUAAUAAAACAUUAAUUUUAUACAA